UACUAUAAUCGUUUUUCGUGCUUACACUGGUUGGCAUGCUAUAAGUUUUAUUAUGGGCCAUCCAUAUUUACUUACUGAGUUUAUCUCAUAGUUUUUCGUUGUCCACCAUUUCAGGAAAUGAAACCGAGGACAAGGAAACCACGAGAAGUGACGAGUUAAAAGGCUAGCCAUCUUGUAAAGUGAACUUAGAUUUUAGAAAUAAAUCAUGAUCUUGUAAACUCGAGUGUAUUUGGAGAUUUUAUGAUAUCAAAGCAGAUUUUAAUAUUUUAUUUUUAGAUUUUUGGUGAAUUCUCUCUCUCAACCCAGAAAAUCCCGGAGCUGCUCUGCUCUUCUCCCUUGUCCGCCAGCUGCUAUGUGGGUUUGAAUUUCUCGGCAUUUUUCGGUCCGUGAGUUUCCCUGCAGAUGCCGCCGGCUUCUUCUCCCUGCCAAGUCCGGUUCUUGCUGGAAAAUUCUGGUAUGAUGGCCACUUCUUUAAGCCCUAAAUUAGCCAUUUAAUUGCUGCCUUGUGUGUGUCUGAAUUGUGCCGGAAAUGGGGAGGAAUUCCGGUAGCAUUAGUAGCAUUUCAAAUGUGUUUUAAGCUUGAUUAAGUAGAAUUUAGCUUGAAUUAGCUGCUGUGAUGUUUUGUGUGAAAAUCUCGUGUGUGUGAAUUGUGAUUUGCCAAAGUUAUGCUCUCUCUGUGCUGCCGUGAGAAAUGGGAAAAAUUUGGUAGAUUAAGUUAUGUUUUCAAGCUUGGUUUAAAUUUAAGAGUUGCUGUUCACGUCGUGGUACUGUUCACCGAACACUGUUCAUGGCACUGUUCACACCCCGAGAGUCAACAAUUAACGGGGAUUUAAAUAUUUAGCUUGUGAUAUAAGAACGAAUUUGGAGAUAUUUGAUCAUGUGGAGAUUGAUAGGAAUAGCAUCGGGAUUAAGAGUGAUCUUAAUGAUGAUUUCAAUUUGAAUUUGUGGUGAUACGAUAAUUAAUUGUGGAUAUUUUGAUUAGGUUCUUGAUCGUUCUGUCAGUUUAGUACAUGAAUUGAGUGCUCGGUUUUGCGGAGUGAGGUAAGUAAUUUAUGGUAAUGCCCAUACUAUUUUAAAAGCAUGUUUUGAUUUGUUUUUGAAGUGGUGGCGGGACUAAACCCGUUUUACACAAGUAUGACCGAUUUGAAGUGAAAUGUUUUAUGAUUUUCAUUAAAUUGAGCAUGCCUACUUGAAAUUUAAGUGACUGUCCUGAUGAUCUGAAAGUGAUUGUGAAUUGUGAUUUUCCUGUUAACUUCUGCCUGUUUUGUCUCCGAUGUGGUCAUGUUAUUAGUGACCCUGCUAGUGGGGGAGGUUAUAAACGCUAGCACAUGUCGACAUGUUAUUGAUAGAACCGGUUCGUUGAGUGACCCUGCUUGUGGGGAUUAUACACCAGCAAACAGUGCGCAUGCCAGUGGGUGUUAGACGCUGACCGUGACCUAUAGAGGAGACGUCUAUUUCGUUCUCGUAUUGUAUCCGUUUUUCGUGAUUGCACAUGUUGGCAUGCUAUAAGUUUAAUAAUGGGCACCCCAUAUUUACUUACUGAAUUUAUCUCAUAGUUUUCCUUGUCCACCAUUUCAGGAAUCGAAACCGAGGACGGGGAAACCACGGGAAGUAACGAGUUAAAAAGCUAGCCAUUUCGAGAUUGAUAUAGAUUUUAGAAAGAAAUCAUGAUCUUGUAAACCAGAGUGUAUUUGGAGAUUUUAUGAUAUCAGAGUAAAUUUUAAAGAUUUGA